AUGCCUCAUCAUGCUGUCAUACGGAGAGAUCGGGAGACGACUAAAGUACACAUUGUAUUCAACGCUUCGUCAAAGUCAUCUGGUGCAGUCUCUUUAAAUGAAGCUCUUCACGCUGGAACCAACUUGAACCCAGAUGUUCUAGAUUUGCUCCUUCAGUUCAGGGCAUAUCAAAUAGCUCUUACAGCUGACGUUGAAAAAGCAUUCGUACUCGAUCCACAGGAUCGCGAUUCUUUGCGCUUUCUUUGGUACGCCACUGCGUCGAAGGCAGACGAGGCUUUGCCUCCUAUUGAGACUUGGAGAAUGAUGCGGGUACCGUUCGGCGCAAAGUCCAGCCCGUUUUUGUUGGCCGCCACUAUCCGACAUCAUUUGCAAUCUGUGAUUUCACGAUAUCCUCGAACGGCUUCUCUUCUAUCAAGUCACUUUUAUGUGGACGACCUGGUUGUCGGCGUGGAUUCCGUUGACGAAGGAAAUACGCUCUACCGUGAAUCGCGUGACAUCCUUAUUGAAGCAGGGAUGAAGCUCGUCAAAUGGACCAGCAACGGCAGCACCCUGUGGAAGUUAUUUCAAGCGGAAGGCACUGCUUCAUCAUCCACCACUUCCCUUAAAAAGGUGCUCGGACCCAAUUGGGAUAUCGACUCUGAUGAGAUACAGCUCUCCAUGAAAUCAUUAUCCAAUUUUCUGGAACGUCCGGUUGACACUAAGCGUUACGUGCUUCAGGCUGUUUCUCGGAUUUUUGAUCCUCUGGGCUACGUGGCGCCGUUCGUCAUUACGGCCAAGAUCCUACUGCAAUGCAUCUGGCUUGCUAAGCUUCAGUGGGACGAUAUCCUUCCUGACGACAUAAGGUCUGUAUGGAGCAAUUGGUGUUAA